CCAAUCAGCGCGGGCCACGGUAAGAUAGUGCGUGUGCUUUAUGUCCUGGCUGCAGGGUUAGCGGUGCGGCGAUCAUACUGGUUUACUGAACUGGUUUACUGAACUGGUUUACUGUGUCAGUGCUGCGGCCUGGGAAUAACCAUGCGAGAUUUCUUAGGUGUGUUGGCGUGCUCUUUGGCGGUCCUCUCUGUCCAUGGACUCUACUCUGCCAGUGAUGAUGUGAUUGAGCUCAAUCCUUCAAACUUCAACAGGGAAGUUGUGCAGAGUGACGGUGUGUGGCUGGUGGAGUUUUACGCCCCCUGGUGUGGACACUGCCAGAGCCUGGUCCCAGAAUGGAAGAAAGCAGCCACAGCUUUGAAGGGCGUUGUUAAAGUGGGUGCUGUUGAUGCAGACCAACACAAGUCACUGGGAGGCCAAUAUGGAGUUCGUGGUUUCCCCACCAUCAAGGUCUUUGGUGCUAACAAGCAUAAGCCUGAGGAUUAUCAAGGUGGACGCAGCAGUCAGGCGAUUGUUGAGGCCGCUCUGAAUGCAGCUCGAUCUCUAGUGAAAGACAGACUGAGUGGAAAGUCUGGAGGUUCUGACUACAGCAGACAGAGUUCUGGUGGCAGCGGUAGUGGCAAUAAGAAAGAUGUUGUAGAGCUGACUGAUGACAACUUUGACCGCAUGGUUUUGGACAGUAGUGAUGUGUGGUUGGUGGAAUUCUUUGCCCCAUGGUGUGGACACUGUAAAAACCUUGAGCCUGAAUGGACGGCUGCAGCUACUCAGGUCAAAGAGCAGACCAAUGGUAGAGUGAAGCUGGGUGCUGUAGACGCUACUGUUCAUCAGGGUCUGGCAAGCCGCUAUGGAAUCAGAGGAUUCCCUACCAUUAAGAUCUUUAAAAAAGGAGAGGAGCCAGAGGACUACCAGGGCGGACGCACACGCUCAGACAUCAUUGCCCGUGCCUUGGACCUUUUCUCAGACAACGCCCCUGCCCCAGAACUGCUAGAGAUUCUGAAUGAAGACGUUUUGAAGAAGACUUGUGAGGAUCAUCAGCUUUGUCUUAUUGCUGUUUUGCCUCACAUUUUGGAUACAGGUGCAGCCGGCCGAAAUGCUUAUCUGGAAGUCAUGAUGAAGAUGGCUGAGAAAUACAAGAAGAAGAUGUGGGGCUGGCUGUGGGCCGAAUCUGGAGCUCAGAUGGAACUUGAGGCCGCUUUGGGGAUUGGUGGUUUCGGCUACCCAGCUCUGGCAGCUAUUAAUUCUCGCAAGAUGAAGUUUGCUCUUCUUAAAGGCUCAUUCAGUGAGACAGGAAUCCAUGAGUUCUUAAGGGAUCUCUCUGUUGGGCGUGGCUCCACUGCCACAAUCACAGGUGGGGCUUUACCCAAGAUCCACACUGUAGAAGCCUGGGAUGGGAAGGAUGGAGUCCUUCCUGUGGAGGAUGACAUCGACUUGAGUGAUGUGGAUCUGGAUGACUUGGAGAAGGACGAAUUAUGAGUUCAUAGGCUGUGCAAGGGCUUAUCCAGUUUGAGCCUGUCUGUGAACUGCCUCUCCUCUCCCAUGGAUGAGGGGAAAACUGGGACAUUAAGUUACUGAACACUCUCGAAACAGACAUGUCUCACUUUUAACUUCUCUCCAAUUGUUUGAAAUGCGGUGGGAUCGGGAUUUAAAAUCGUGGUUGCUUUAGCUUUGCCUUACAGGCCUCCUAUUUGUUUGAGUGUUUGGAUGUGCCGAUAACAAUGUUGAACACGAUGGUCACUUCACUUUUCCCUGUCUGGUUGAACGUCCCCUACACAUAACUUCAGAAUAAGAUUUGUUUACUCUGUUCCAGCAAAUUCCUACCCCCGUCCCGUGGUUAUACAGUGACGUCCGUUUCUCAGUGAACAAUGACUAAAAACAGGAUAGUCUUAGUAAUUAAUGGAGCAGGUAGCUGACACAGGACAUUCACUGAGGAGAGGAAACUAUUCUAGGCUACCGGAUGGAGUCAUGAGUGCUGUAUAUACUUUAUCCUGAUUUUAACCUGCUGUUUCCCCUGUUGAACAUCCUAUUCAUUUUCCCCUUUAAUGUGAUAUUCUUUUCUUUCUUUCCUUUUUUUUUUCUUUAUGAGAAGGAAGUGAGUCAGUACAUCCGCUUUCCACUGUAUUUGUGCUGGGCAGGGAGUAAAGUUGGAACUGUGUAGAUUUUUCUUACACGAGUGUGUUUAAUGUUUUUGUUAUGAAAAUAAAAAAAGGAACACUGAUAAAA